GGCGGCGGCGGCGGCGGCGGCGGCGGGGGGCGGGGCCGGCCUCACCCGGAAUGAAAAUAAACGGCGGCCGCCGCCGCAUCCGGGCACUCGGCGGGGCGCGGCGGGCGCGGCGGUGGCGCAGGAUGGCACAAAAGAAAUACCUCCAAGCAAAACUGACCCAGUUUUUAAGGGAAGACAGAAUUCAGCUUUGGAAACCUCCAUAUACAGAUGAAAAUAAAGAAGUUGGUUUGGCAUUGAAGGACCUUGCUAAGAAGUACUCUGACAAGCUAGAAUGUUGUGAAAAUGAAGUAGAAAAGAUAAUAGAAGAAAUCCGUUGCAAAGCUAUCCAGCGCGGCACAGGAAAUGAGCACUAUAAAACAACCGGAAUUGCUACAAUUGAGGUCUUUUUACCCCCGCGGUUAAAAAAGGACAGGAAGAACUUGCUGGAGACCCGACUGCACAUCACUGGCAGGGAACUAAGGUCUAAAAUAGCUGAAACCUUUGGAUUUCAAGAAAAUUAUAUCAAAAUUGUCAUAAAUAAGAAACAACUUCAACUAGGGAAAACACUUGAGGAACAGGGAGUGACCCACAACGUAAAAGCUAUGGUGCUUGAACUGAAGCAGUCUGAAGAGGAUGUGAGAAAAGACUCCCAGGUUGAAGAAGAAGAGCAAAAUGAAGCCAAACUAAAAGAGAAAAGAAUUCAGAGGACUAAGAGAGGCCUGGAGAUACUGGCAGAGAGAGCUGAGAUGGUGGUGGAUCCAGAGACCACCCCAUACUUAGACAUAGCCAACCAGACGGGCAGGUCCAUCAGAAUCCCUCCGUCAGAAAGGAAGGCCCUUAUGUUAGCUAUGGGAUAUCAUGAGAAGGGCAGAGCUUUCCUGAAAAGAAAGGAAUAUGGAAUAGCCUUGCCAUGUCUGUUGGACGCUGACAAAUAUUUCUGCGAGUGCUGCAGAGAACUGCUGGACACAGUGGACAACUACGCGGUGCUCCAGCUGGACAUCGUGUGGUGCUACUUCCGCUUGGGACAGCUGGAGUGCCUGGACGAUGCAGAGAAGAAAUUAAACAUGGCCCAGAAAUGCUUUAAAAAUUGUUAUGGAGAAAAUCAUCAGAGACUGGUCCACAUAAAAGGAAAUUGUGGAAAAGAGAAAGUCUUGUUUUUAAGACUUUACUUGCUUCAAGGUAUCCGAAAUUAUCACAGUGGAAAUGGUGAAGAGGCUUGUGAGUAUCUCAACAAGGCGUGUCAGCUCUUUAAAGAGCUAUAUAUUGAUCCGUCAAAAGUUCACAACCUGAUGCAGUUGGGAUUUACUGCCCAGGAAGCUCGGCUGGGCCUGCGGGCCUGUGACGGGAACGUGGACCACGCAGCUGCCCACAUCACCAACCGCAGAGAGGAAUUGGCCCAAAUAAGGAAGGAGGAAAAAGAGAAGAAAAGACGCCGCCUGGAGAACAUAAACUGUUUGAAAGGAAUGGGCUACUCUGCCCGCGCAGCCAAGCACGCGCUCCAUCAGGCCAGCGGGAACCUGGAGGAGGCCCUGAAGAUUCUUCUCAGCAAUCCUCAUAUGUGGUGGUUAAAUGAUUCCGAUCCGGAGACCAACAGCCAUCAAGAAAGUCCUUCUCGGGAAAACAUUGACCAACUGGUGUACAUGGGCUUCGAUGCGGGGGCGGCUGAAGUAGCCCUGAGGGUGUUCAGGGGAAACAUCCAGCUGGCGGCCCAGACCCUCGCUCACAACGGAGGAACUCUUCCUCCUGACCUGCAGCUCUCGGUGGAAGAUUCUUCAUCAACGCCAUCCACGUCCCCCUCCGAUUCUGCAGGGACCUCUAGUGCCUCAACAGAUGAAGAUAUGGAGACAGAGGCUGUCAACGAAAUAUUGGAAGAUAUUCCAGAACAUGAAGAGGAUUACCUUGACUCAACUCUGGAAGAUGAAGAAAUUAUUAUUGCAGAGUACUUAUCCUAUGUAGAAAAUAUAAAAUCAGCAACAAAGAAAAACUAAAUAACAAACAGAAAUAAGUACUAAGUUUCUGCUUAUAAAUUCUAUCGUUAUGAA